UUUUGAUUGUUCUUGUUAAUCAAUAAUUUUUCCGAACACUUAUGAAAGACCAAUGAUUUAGUGAUAUUUCAUGAUCACUUACCGAAAGCUCAGUAUCACUUUCAAUGUGUUCCUAAAAAGCACAUAAGGAACGCUAAAUAUUUGACUCAUGAAGAUAUACCACUAGUUAUGGAUAUGAUGAAUUGCGGAAAGAAUUAUCUCACUAGUCAAUUGAAAUUGGACCCAGACGAUUUCUUGUUUGGAUUUCAUUGGCCACCAUUCAAUAGUGUCCAUCACUUACACAUGCACAUCCUUGGACCUAAACAACUUAUGAGUUUUAAUCUAAUGUUUGAUCCGCGGUUUCAUAUUUUCCGAAAGGUUGAGAGAGUUUUGGACGAUUUAAAAAAGCUCAAAAUUGAAAGGAAGAAGUGAAAUAGGUCGACCUCAAGCAGUCCAAUGAAUAACUUAAUAUUUAGUUGGCUUCGUUUACGUGCUUUCAUAUUUUCUUUUCUAUUUUGCUGAUCAUCAAAUCAAUGUAGAUAGUUCUUUUUUGCCGUGUUUUCGAAUCAUGUAAUUUGAUAUACAGUCUACUAUUUCUCAGAACAAUCUUAAAAGCCGUUGUGAUAUUGUUUCGACAAAAAGUAUGUCUUCAUUAUUUUAUCAGAUGCGAUUCUCAAUGAAUUAUAUUUUCUAUGAUAUCUUUAUCAUAACUUUUUCAUAGUAUGUUCAGGUAGUUCAGUAGUUAAGGCUCUGGAUUAUCAUCUAAUGUUCUGCAGGUCGGAAACCCAUUCCAUGUACUUCGAUUUAUCCAGUCCAGCAUCAUAAUUCUUCAUAGGAAAUCUGUGUCUCAAAGAUUAGUACACAAACUUGUAAUGAAUAAACAAGUUUAUUUGGUCAUUGCAAUAGUUUUAAAUCUUCUGAAAACGGAUAUAAUACCAGUACUGAUGUCCGUUAGCAACAAAAACUGCAGGGUUAAAGUGGUUCAGUCAACUCUGGAAGUCUUUAGUGACUGGGUGGAUGCUUAAAAAAAUAUAUUUCGGCAGGUUUUAAACACGAUGAGUUGAUGCGAUGUAUACAUGGACUGACAGCUACUGUACAAUUAUGCUGUGCGAUGAAAGUGAUAUAGUUGGAAAAAUAGGGUUUAUAGCUAAUAUUAAACAGUUGUUCAGACUCAUCAUAUAGCUAAGACUUCGGGUAUCAGUUGUUAGUAAAGAGACUAAGAAAGACGAUUCAGUAAUGCACUGAGAUAAAGGGACUUUGUUAAUUAGAGAUAAAUUAAGUAAUAGCUCAAUUGACUUCCAUCUACUUCAAUUUUUGACUGCCCAUCAACAAUCUGAAGACUAACCAAGAGAGAGGUAACAGGAAGGUCGGACUGAUAAUUUUAGAUGAUACUUCAACAGUUAGUAAUAUUGACCGAUAUAUAAGAUAGGGUCUGGAUCAACUUCACCUAACUGGUAAAAGCUUAUAACUUAGGUCCAGAUACCCUGGAUACAUUUGACGUGAUAAUCACAAUACCUGAUUGUAAAUAUUAAGUGGUUUCUAUUUAUUUAUGUAAACACAUGGACAUUGGUACAGGGAGGCACCAAAUGUUUAUGUGCCGCACUUCGUCAUUCGACUUGUGUAAGGGCUGGAAUAUUGUCCGGGCGCCCAAACUGAAGCAGGUGGUUUUCUCAGGAGGUCACUUCCCGAGCCUUUGACCUAGAGGUCUAAUCCACAAAGCAGUGGGGAAACGUCAGGACACAGUCCCACGGUCGCCGGUGAUCAACAACAGUUUCAUACGCCAGUUUCCGUCCUGGGAUCCUUGAGUCUAUAUGCACCACAGGUUUGGA